CAGCUUCCAUACCACUGUUCCCCUAAGAUCCACUCUUGGGCCAUGGCUGUUCACAGACAAACAUCAAAGAUGGCACUGUACCUUGUUUGGACCCUGAUGGGCUUCAGUCUAAGUGCCCCUCCAGUUACUUUGGGCCCUGCAGCAUAUGACCUGGAGAAUUACGAUGACUCAAACACAUGGAAUCUAAACACGUACGGAGAGACCUAUGAUUAUGAUGACCUGGAUGAGGAGGUUGGGACGCUGGCUCCUCCUCCAGCAGUCACUCAGCCACCUGCUAUAGUUCCUCCAGAGGACUAUGUGGAGGAAGUGACACUGCCGCCCCGUCCGACAAAGUCACCUGUCCCUUCCACUCUAGACUUCCAUGGUCCGGGCCUGUUUGGGCCUGACACAGGCUUAGGCAUGCCCUCCUGCCUGCUGUGUGUGUGUAUCAGUGGCAGUGUGUACUGUGAUGACUCAGAUCUGACUCAGAUUCCCCCUCUCCCUAAAGAAACCACACACUUCUACGCUCGCUUCAACAAGAUCACGGAGGUCAGGGCCACAGACUUCAUCAAUCUCAAUCAGCUAAAAAGGAUCGACCUGAGUGGAAACCAGAUAAGUCAAGUGAACGAGGAUGCUUUUCGUUCAAUGCUUCAGCUUCAGGAUCUCAUAUUGGCUGAUAACAACAUCCAGGCCCUUCCAGAACUCCCAGCUACCCUCAAACACAUCGACGUUCGCAAUAACCAGCUGAGGAGUUCAGGCAUGCACGCAGAGGCCUUUAUGAAGAUGAAGGAACUUCAGUUCCUGUACCUGUCAAACAACAAGUUAGACUACAUUCCCGUACCCCUCCCUGAGAGCCUACGAGUGCUCCACCUGCAGAACAACAAUAUACAGAGCAUAGGCCAAGAUACUUUCUGCAACACCCAUGACAUAAACUACAUACGGAAAGCCCUGGAGGACAUCAGGCUUGACGGCAACCCUGUGGACAUCAAUCUUUACGCCCAUGCUUAUGUCUGCUUACCACGACUACCUAUAGGAACUCCAGUCUAGGACAGCGUCCCCCUAUUUUCCGCAGUUUGUGUGUGUAUGUGUGUAUUUUCUGAACUUCAAAACUCCUCUGUGGCCACAGCAAAAUAAUUUGGAGCAAAAAGAUCAAAUACUUUAAAAUGUCACCAUAUCAAUAGGCAAUCAAUAUCUAUCUUUUAAAUUCCAAGUUAGUUCUUAUUUAGCCAGUCACGCUAGGUAGGCAUUUAGUGACUUUGCACUCAUUACAGUCCAAGUACAAAAUGACUCUGUUUCAAAAUCCAGUGAGCUACCAUAGGCAUAAUCCUAAAUGAAAAGGCAAAAUAAGUGACCAAUUUGAAACCGUCAUAGGCAGCAACACUGCAAAAACAGGAGACGCAACUCACAGUUGAUUUUAUUUCCAAUCUUUUUUAUUGCCAUUUUGUCAGGAGAGCAUGAAAUACACUUACAUCAAACUGAUCAACAUACAACAAAAUGUCCUUACCGUGUCACUCACAGUUGAUUUUAACAGUGUUUGCAGUUAGCAUGUUGCUAAGCUAAGGAACUGUUAGUCAAAUAGCCAUAUAAAUAAGUAGCACACACAAAUAUGUGGUAAAAUAGUCAUUUCAUUAGUCAUGUAUUAAUCAGUUUAACGUUUUCAACCUCUACCUACAAAACAAACUGUGAUUACGGGGCAUGUGUUUGCCCAGUUCUAUGACCUCAAAAUACCUUUGCCAUAGCACUUUAUUUAAACUAAUGCAUUUUGACAUUUGCAUCACACAACCAGCUCUAUAUGCAUGACCUUUCUAAUAUAGUAAACUUGCUCAGUAGCUCACCUGGUACAGCAAUGCACUUGUGAUGCGGAUCACUUGGUUUUCAAAUGCAAAAGAGCAUUAACCUUUUAGCGCCGUUCACCAGUACAAUACAUACAACAACCAACAUUUCCAAAUUCACGGUCGUUUGUGUCAAAUAAAACAGAACACACUUUUAGCAGCACUCACUGGACAUUUCACUUUAAAACACUUUAAAAGUGUUGUGAAAUGUGCA